AUGAACCACAAUUUUACAAAUGAUCCUAUUUUUUCAAAUGAUUCCAACCACGAAGAUGUGUUUCCGGAGGAGGAAGCUUCGGGGGAUUGUGACUACUUUGAUGGUGUUCUCAAAUACAUAAAUCAAAUNAACCACGAAGAUGUGUUUCCGGAGGUGGAAGCUUCGGGGGAUUGUGACUACUUUGAUGGUGUUCUCAAAUACAUAAAUCAAAUGCUAAUGGAAGAGGAUAACUUGGAGAAUAAACCUUGCAUGUUCCAAGACUGCUCUGCUCUCCAAGCUACUGAGAAAUCCUUCCACGAUCUUCUUGGUCAGAAGUAUCCUCCGCCGCCUUCAUACCAACAAUACUCUUCAAUCCCUGAUCAAAAUGCUUACAACCCAGAUGGUAAUUUCACUAGUAGUCACUGUAGUACUAGCUGUACCGUUGUGAACACCUUUGUUGAGCCCAAUUGGAUUAGUGAUCAGUGCGCGGUUGAACCAGAUUCAGCCAUAGACACCCAAUUUGCCUCGCAGAUACAGCCCAUGGGAGAGGAAGAAAGAGUUGACCAUUCAUUUCCAAUUAAUGAAUUUGUGAAUUAUGGCUUUGAGGAACAAUUACAAAACAUGUCAAGUUGCAAGAAAAAUCAAUACCGAGAAGUUAAUGAUUAUGCAGAAGAGGAGCCAACUAAAAAACAGUUGGCGGGUUAUGCUGAAGAGAUUGAGCAACCAGAGAUGUUUGAUAAGUUGUUGCUUUGUCCUGCUAGCAAUCCUGGUUUGCAAGAUGAUCAUUCCACGAAAAAUGGAGCAAGGAACAACAUGGAGCAGAAUAUUGGGCAGUCACCAGGAUCAAAAAGGGGCCGAAGCCGAAAGGCACGAGGUAACAAUAGAAGAGAAUUGGUGGAUUUGAGGGGUCUCCUAACUCAGUGUUCUCAAGCUGUGGCAAGCUUCGAUAGCAGGAUCGCCAACAAACUGCUGAAGCGGAUCAGGGAGCAUUCUUCGCCUUACGGUGAUGGUACUGAGAGGGUGGCACAUUAUAUUUCGAAUGCCCUCGAGGCACGCCUGGCCGGAACUGGGACAGCAUUAUAUGCAGCUUUGAGUACCAGGAGAACAUCAGCCACUGAAAUGUUGAAAGCUUACCGGGCCUAUGCAACUGCAUGCCCAUUCUAUCGAAUGUCAAACACUUUUGCAAACAAAUCAAUUGGGAAUGUAUCUAGUGGAGUGACAAGGCUUCACAUAGUUGAUUUUGGUAUUUUGUAUGGCUUUCAAUGGCCCUGCAUUAUCCAGGGUCUCUCUAAUCGCCCUGGUGGGCCUCCAAAGCUUCGUAUUACAGGUAUAGAUUUUCCCCAAUCGGGCUUUCGGCCAGCAGAGAGGGUUGAGGAGACAGGACAUCGCCUAGCAAAUUAUUGCAAGAGAUUCAACAUUCCCUUUGAGUACAAUGCAAUAGCAAAGAAAUGGGAAACUAUCCAACCUGAUGAUAUUAAGAUUGGCAGAGAUGAAAUGCUUAUUGUUAACUGUUUGUACCGGCUAAGGAAUGUGCCUGAUGAAACGGUAAUGUAUAACAGUCCAAGAGAUGCUGUUCUGAAUUUGAUCAGGAGGUUGAACCCUGCUAUGUUCAUGCACGGAGUUGCAAAUGGGAAAUAUAGUGGCCCCUUUUUUGGUCCACGAUUUCGAGAGGCGCUCUUCCAUUUCUCUGCACUGUUUGAUAUGUUUGAGGCAAACUUGCCACGAGAAGAUGAGGACAGAUUACGGUUUGAGAGAGAGGUUUUUGGAAGGGAAGCCAUGAAUGUGGUAGCAUGUGAGGUUACUGAGAGGGUUGAGAGGCCAGAGACAUACAAGCAGUGGCAAGUUCGGAAUCAGAGGGCUGGUUUCAGGCAGCUCCCACUGAAGCAGGACAUCAUGGAGGAGGUAAGAACUAAGAAGCUGCGCUACCACAAGGAUUUUGUGGUAGGUGAAGACGGCAACUGGAUGUUGCAGGGUUGGAAGGGGAGGAUUAUUUAUGCUCUCUCCUGUUGGAAGCCUGAUCAGGACUAA